UUAUAAGGUACUGGAUGUUAUUCUAAAGCAAAUGUGUAAAUAUCAUUAUGUCAUCAUUAUAAAUCCUUCAGAUUUGAUAUCUGCCCUUAGUAGUGUAGUUUUUAUAUUGAUAGAAAUGAAUGUGUCUUAUCAUGUAAAGUUUGCAUGUUUUAGACAUAAAUUCUAUGGUGGAAAAAAAGAAAAAAAAAAAGAAAAAAGCUGUGAAAUGUUCCAAUGAACUGAAGAUGGGGCGGGUGGUUAGGUCAUCCACUACCAGAGAAUUUCUCCAGCAGGUUUUUUGGAAACAGCAGAAACCUGUUGGAGCAGGUACGAAGCAUGAAAACGAAGCUAUGCCCUGCUAAAACGUCUUGGCUGUGUGUUCUCCUGCACAAAGCACCGUUCUAUGCAAGAGGAUAAAGAAGGAGGGCGAAAUUGCGGUAGUCUACUCGAGAAGGACCAAAAUUCAAAGAUGCACCAGGGUCGCCUGCGUUUACGGCCAUGGCUGGAAGAACAGAUUAAGUCAGGGAGAUAUCCUGGAGUCAUUUGGCUAGAUGAGACUGCUCAGGUCUUCCAGAUUCCUUGGAAACAUGCCGCUCGACAUGGCUGGAAUAUAGACAAGGACGCCACUUUGUUCCGAAACUGGGCCAUCCAUACAGGGAGAUACAAACCUGGCAUAGACAAACCAGAUCCCAAGACUUGGAAAGCCAACUUCCGCUGUGCCCUCAACUCCUUACCAGAUGUCCAAGAGCUUCGAGACAAAAGCAUCAAGAAAGGCCACAAUGCUUUUAGAGUCUAUAUUCUUCUCCCUAACAGCAAACUGCCAAAGAAGAGAAAAGUGUCCAGUUUAGACAUCGAGGAUGGCAGAGUCAGUUUACCUGCAUUACUUCCACACGGCACUGCACCUCUGGAAAGGUUUACGGAGGCUUUCAGCAGGUAUAAGGAGGACGUCAGAGGUGUUGCUCCUGAAAUGUUUGCUAAAAACUGCUACUCUUCAUUACCGGCAGUGAAAGAAGAACGCUCAGCUCUCUACUGCUGCUCCUCAGCCAAUAUCAGCCCAGCGGCACAUGUCCAAGCAAAUGCAAUGGAAGAGCACGAGCAGACUGAAGCAGUGUUAAAGAUAGUAGACCACCUACAGAACACGGACCACUGGAGCCCUUUGCAUGAGCAUGAAAGAGGCUGGAGAUCAGCAAAUACCUGGAUGGAAGGUGUUUAUGAAAUAAUGGACUGUUCAAGCUAUCCCUUCCAAGCAGACUGGCACAAUCAUAACAUGACGAGUCAAUACGUCUGAGAUAACCUUCAAGAUAACUCAUCACAUUUUGCAAUAACACAUGCAACACACUGGAUUGUAAGCAUGACAAAAAGUGCAAUCAAAUACACCACACACAUAACUAAUGGAUUUUUCCUUGAUGGUUAUAAAAUCUCUACGCAUGGCUGCCUGUGUAUGAAUAUUAAGAGCACUGAGAAAGUUAUUCAUUAUUAAUCUAUAACUGUGUUUUGUGUAAAAGUACUGAAUUUGGGCUGUAGCAAACUUUCAGUUAAGAAAGUUUUUCCCCCCUUUUGUUUUCUGCAUUGCAAAGAUUACUUAAGCUAUUAAAGAUGUGUGCUAUAAGCUUUCCCGGAAACAUACAGGACGUCUAUUCAGACACUUCCUGUCUAAAUGAAGACCGAGUGGUGCUUUAAGUUUUUUUUUUUUUUUUCCCAUAUUUUUUUUUUGUUUAAAACUAAUCAUUUAUAUAUAACAAUUGUGUUAAGUAACUUGACAGUCGCAUGACUUUGUAAGUCCUAUAACUGCUUUUAUAAUAAAUAUUUUUUAAAUACUUUAAAA